CUCCCCAGCCCAGCUGCAGCAGAAUCGAUAGCAGCGCCCUCAACUUGCACUUUGCUUUGUUUUGUUUUCGCAAAAUUUUCGAGUUGCCGUUCGCGCUGGGCGCCGUGUUUGCGGAAACUUUUGCGAAUUAUCACGGCCAAGCAUUAAGAUUAAGAUCUGGAUUUUGGAUCACAGUCGGACCUAUCUCGACAGAAUCAAAGCGGCGUGAGAUUUCUCUUUGACAGCUCAGACAAAAGUUUGCUCCAAAAUUACAAACAAGCUCUCGGAAUUCCAAGGCUUAUCAGAAAAUGGUCUUCUAUUUUACAAGUGAUGUUGCAACUCCGCCGGUGACAUUGUUUAUGGGCUUGGACAAAUAUGAGAAUGAAGACCUAAUUAAAUGGGGUUGGCCAGAGGAUGUGUGGUUUCACGUCGACAAGGUUUCGUCAGCCCAUGUGUAUUUGAGACUCAAUCCGGGUCAGUCGCUGGACGAUGUCCCGGCAACCGUGAUUGAAGAAGCAGCUCAGCUGGUGAAAGCCAACAGCAUCAGUGGCAACAAAAUGAAUGACAUCGACGUUGUCUACACCAUGUGGGCAAACUUGAAAAAGACGGACAGCAUGGAAGUUGGCCAGGUUGGAUUCCACAAGGAAAAAGAGGUCCGAAAAAUUAGAGUGGCCAGACGGAAUGCCGAAGCAGUCAACCGUCUGAACAAAACCAAAGUCGAAAAACAAGUAGACUUUCGGGCAGAGAAGGAAAAGAGAGAUAGACUUGAACGCGAGGACCGGAAGAAACAGUUGAAGGAGCAAAAGGAACAGGAGAAAUUGGAUCAGAAACGGAAGCAGGAGGAGGCUGAAAUAAGAAGUUACAGCUCUCUGAUGAAGAGUGAAAACAUGAAGUCCAACCUGGACGGAGGUAGCGACUCAGACGACUUCAUGUGAACAAAGUUGAAGUGGGUCUGAACAAAAUGAGGCUCACUUGCAUUGUAAAUUGGUGUCUAUUUGGUCGAAAAUUUUCAAAAUGUAAAAGAUACAAAAAAUUAAUCAUCU